GUCCUUGUCCGGCCGAAGCGACGACCCAGACCCAGAAGCCAAGCGGCCUCCUUCAACUCACAGCAUUCGCGCUUCUUCUUCAGACACGAGGGGCUGACAGGCACGCAGCAGCCUCCUCCACUCAUGAUUGCUCAUCCGACAAUUCUUCACAUUCCUCCGCCUCCUCCUCCGCCAGUUCCGGUUCCCCUCUCAAUGCCGAUGCCGAUGCCGAUGCCAUUCCCACCACCUCAACCGAUAUACCCAUAUCCGAUGGCUUAUCAGACGAACCAAUACCAUUCGAUGCAGGCGCAAGCACUUGGACACUCUCAAGGACCCUCUGUAGCUCCAAGGUUCCCGAUCAACACCCAGUACCAACAGCAACCGCAGCCUUAUCCUCAGGCCCAGCAACAAACUCACUAUCCAUGGAGUCAGAUGCCUGGCCUUCAGCAGCGCUCUCCACAGCCACCGCGAAGAAGACCAUCACUUGCACGAAGACUCUUCGGUCUGUUCAACAACCCAGUCGGUAGGGCGUCAACCAUUGCCAGCUCCGACUCGGACUCAACUCGAGCACCAUCAAUAAGGAGCAGUCGCCAUACGCGGACUUCAUCCAUUGCCACACAGCCGUCUCCUGUAGCGCGACCCAAGGGGGAUGCAACGCAUGGAGCAGACGCAACGAGACCAGUUGAGGUGUCUCCCACGGUGGCCACUGUCCAGAGUGAUGACUACAUCGCUCCUGCGACUAUGCGGGAUGAGUCUCCUGAACGCCGCCAGCCAAAUUCAGCUUCGUCAGUCCCAGUCAACUUGGGUAGCAAAGUUCAAGAUGAGGCGCGAGGGAAGGUCACUGCUAUCGAGUCUCCGGCCAAAGAACAAGACAAGGCUGAGCCUGACAAUGCAAAGGCAAAUCCGACUUGGAAGCCGAUCUGCGAAGACGCCGAGACCGCUAGAACCUACCAUCCUCGACCUAUCGUCAAGCCCCUUAAAAGUGCCCUGAAGAACGGAAGGAAAGCCGCUGCAGGCGCUAGACCAAGCAACAUGAAGAACGACCAGAAGCUCUUAUCCAAAGAGGAUCCAAGUGCUCAAACGGACUUCGCGUCUAGUCGUAUGAUCACUUCGUCUAUGGACGCAGAAGCCAGCUCGAGAAAGGGCAAAGAAGAGGAACAGCAGGGAAGCUCUGUCGAUAAACGCAGCCCUAAUAGAGACGCAGUCCGCGAGGUCAGACGUGAUUAUCCAGACGUCUUGGGUAUGCCCAAGAAUGCUGUUGAGACGACGAAGAAGCCAGUAUCGGCUCCUUCAAGCAGCCCAGUCAGAACAACAGAGAAGAAGCAAGACCAGAGCUCGAGCCCCAACCAACACUUGCGGGGAUCCUCGAGCAGAACUGAAGAACUUCGAUUCGAUGUGUCUGGCUCUGAUGUCACGGAGACCAGCGGCUCGCUUAGCGACUACUCGCCGCCCCCGUCUCCUCCGAGACCAAUCCACCAGGGCGGCGGCAAGAAGAGCGUACUAGGCUACGAUGACAGACGCGGCGACUGAGUGGUCACCACGAAUCGGUGGCGGAGAGGAGCGACUGAUGCACGAGAAUGAUUCUUUUUGGAAUCAAGAUGAAACAAGAUUCGGACCAUACGAAGCAUCGUAAUCCCCAGACAGGCGACCUACUGUCUAGUGGUUGGGGGCGUUUUUGGUCCUGACAAGAUAGGUGGAAAAGCAUGUGUAUUUGGUCAUUCGGGUCACCAAAGCUUUUUUGAACCGAUUGAGAUAGGUAUUGGGGUCAGGAAUAAGGGUUCAGAUGUGCUACAAGGAUGUAGAAUGAUACAGACAAG